GACACUGACCAAUAGACGGUAGUAUUGUAAGCUGGCUAGCUCCCGGGAAAAGCGUCGCUGGUUACAGUAGUAGGCUGGCGUUGGAUACUAUAGCACAGUUAUCUGUGUUGAGAGCGUUGAUUGUGUACUGUCUAAAACAAGCUAAAUCUAGAAUUUAUGCAACCGGUAUCUUCUGAGAGAGUGCAAAACAGACAUAUUUAAAUAAGAAGAUGACAGCUGGGUCCAUUGCUGUGCCUCAAAUCAUUCCUCUGCGAGUCCCACUACCAGGAAAAUCUAAACAUGAUAUUGACACCAAUACUCCAGUAGAAAUCAAAUCUGAUACCCAUGACGUGAGCAUACAUUACACACUGGAUGGAAAUGCACCAGACCUGUUCAGAAAACCGGGUUAUGGAGAAAACAGUACAUUAAAGUACAGAGGGCCAUUUACACUGCCUGAAGGAAAAGUCACUGUUAAAGCUAUAGCAGUUAGAAAGGAUGGAAAAGAAAGUGGAGUGGUUACAAAAGUAUUCCGAGUUGAAUACAUACCGUCCUGUUUGGCUUCAUCAGACGAGGAUAAUGAAGAUGAUGAUGAGAAUUUUUUGAAAGAUUAUACUAAAGAUAUCUUCCGACAGGAUUCACAAGAAGGAUCGGUCUUUGUGACAUCUGCACUCAAUAAGACUAUGCAAAAGGAAAAGAACUCAACUUGGAAUGAAGCAACACAGAAGUUUCAAGGUAUGAAGAUAGAGGGCAGUAACACACACAAGUUUCCUAAAGGCCCACGCUUCCUGAACACCCGCCUGGGAAUACCAGCUUCCCAUCAAGAGCCAAACUCAACACUGCAGACUGACAGGUCACAGUUUGCAGAGUCCAUAGAUACAAGUGCCAGGAAAAAUCUAACUAGUACUCAGAUUAUGAGAAUUCAGAAGGAGACAGACUUUCUCAGAUGUGCAUAUUGCUUAGCUCCUCGUCCCUCUGAUCCUUUUGCCCGUUUUUGUCAUGAAUGCGGUUCUGCAGUGCCUCCUGUACCAGGCCGUCGCCUUCCACCUCCUGAAGGAGCACAGAUGGGACUGUGUGUAGAGUGCAAGACAAUGGUGCCACUGAACACACCAACAUGUAUUGUAUGCGAAGCACCAAUACCACCACAACUUCAGCCACAAGCCAGUAUCAGAAUGAAGGGUAAAAAUGUUUGUAGGUCUUGUGGAACUGGAAAUCCCAUUAACAUCAAGCACUGUGUUACAUGUGAGACUAGAUUACCUGACACACAGCAAUCAAUAUUAAAUGAUAACUUUAUCCCACCACCUCCUAGCCCAGAGGUGAAGAUGCUGACUUGCUCUAAAUGUGGUCGUGUUAACAACCUUAAUGCUCGCUUCUGUGACUGGUGUGGAUCUAAGCCUGGACUACCAGUAAACUAUCUCACUUGCUCUAAAUGUGGAGCAACCAGUCAUCCAUAUGCCCAUUUUUGUGGUUCCUGUGGCUCUUACCUAGAACCGCCAGUACGGAUAGACUCUCAUAACAGCAUGCUGAUGAGAAGCGUAGACAACAAUGUCCAUUCUGAGAUGAGAGACUUUAAGUCACCGGUUGCCUGGCAACCCAUAACUGUUGCAUUGCCAAGUCCUAAUGUAAAUAUGACAGAGAAAACAGAUCAAGCAACACAGACUGUAGGUCUGUUUUAUCCAUCUAGCAAAGACCUUGAAAAAAGAGAAACUGAACUAAUUUCUGAAAAAGAAAGACAGCAGAAGAUGAGCGAUCGCAAACCUCUCCUUACAGCUAUAAGCCCUGGCAAUGGUUACUGGAGAAAGCAAAUAGAUCAUAUCUGUGCCCAUUUAAGAAGCUAUGCUCAGAAUAACACAGAGUUUCGAGCUUUGAUUGGAAGCCCUCGAAUGGGGAAAAUGAGCUCUGCCACAGUCCAUGAAGAUGGCUAUGAAGUCAGCCUCCGGUUAAAUUUUGUACUGGCUGGAAACAAGGACUUGCUUGUUGGCAAAACACUAAAAAUUUCUGAAGACAAUUUUCUGAGCAGUAUAACAGAAGGAAGAGGCCACUACGGUAGUCAAAACAGUCUGGCAAGUGAAACCAGCAGCACUGCUACAGACACUAAUGUUAAAACAAAAAAGAAGCCGAAGAAGAAAAAAAUAUUGACAAAGGAAGAUAAAUUACCACCUGAUGACAGACUGUUACUGAAAGAAGUGGGGCCAAAUGGUGGAGGAAGAAUUUCAAUGGUACAACAGCUACUGGAUGAAGGUGCAGAUCCUAACUGUACUAACAAUGACGAUCGUCCAGUUUUAACUGUUGCUGUAUUGAAUAAACACCAUGAAGUGAUUCCAGUCCUAAUACAGAAGGGUGCAGAUAUUGAUCAAAAGUCGGGGCUGCUUGGUAACACAGCUCUUCAUGAGGCAACAUUACUUGGUGCUCAGGGUCUAAAAUGUGCUGAGGUUUUACUAGGAUGCAAUGCAAGUAUUAAGAAGAAAAAUGAUAAAGAUCUAACUGCUCAUGACUUGGCUGUGAAGACAGGCAAUGAACAAUUAAUUUCACUAUUUGCUUCAAAAAUGGGUCAGGGAAUGCUGGACAAAUUGACCAAAUCCAGACAUGUCAGCCUGGAUGUCUUCUGAUGCCAAGCAUUCCUUUUUAAUAAGCCUUAGAAAAAUAACUCAUGCCAAAAAAUAUAUCAGUCUUAGAAUAAUAAAGACUAAGCACUAGCUCCCCUUUUUUGUUGCCUUUCGUUUCUACUUUCUAUAUAGGAAUGGUUGUUAGGCCGAUUUUCUCCCUCAGCCUCCAAGCACUUUCUUACUGAAUUAUGGCAUAGAUUGUCCCCACAGUGGUAUUGUGAAUUCUCAUGUCUACCCUCAAUUGCACAUAAUCCUAUUUUCAGAAAUUGAGCACAGCCUUUUUGAGCCUACAAGCAUUCUCAUUCCCAAUGCACUGGUUUUCCCCUCUGUUGCUGAUGCACACAGGUCAGUAUAUACAUGUACAAGUGCAUAGGGAUAAAGCCUGCAGCUGCAUCUUAUAGGUGACAUCUUCCUAUUCGUUUUGCUUUCAGGCCUUCACCUUUCAACAGUUAUUCAGAUAGACUGCCAGGUCAGGGACGGCAGUGCCCUUUUCCAGAAAGUUAACCUGUUUCCACACCAGUUAACCAUAAUCUCACAUUCAUCAACAUAACAUGGUGUUAAUUGUGGUAUGAAAAGGCUGCUAUACCUCCACCUUACACUUUGACAGGAUGACCUGCAUUGUUAGUGUUGUUGUUUUUAUUAUUAGUAUGUCUUUGUGCUCUCUGCCUGCCCAGCCUUUUAAAUUGACAGUACACACUUGGCCACCAGUGUAUGUUUAUCUACUGCUUUUAGUUGGGCCACUGGCACUCAUCACCAGUGCUCUCUAAUCCCCAGGUACGUUGACAUAUUCCUAUUGUAAGUAUAAAAGUUCAACUAGGAAAGAAAAAGCAGCAAAUGCAAUGUGUGCAAAAUAACGUCUCUGUGUCUUGGGAAUUCGCCCUUAUUCAACGCUCAUACCAGUCCACAACACCUUCAAUGAAACCAAGUAGAAGUAAAUAAAAGUUUAUUGUA